AUCGAACGGACUAUUAAAGGGGAGCAACUUUAGAGUAUAGAACAUAUGGUUUCUCUAUUUCUUUAAUCCCAAAUUAUCAUAUAAUAUAUAGUCUCCCAAUUAAGCAAACAAAUCGAAGAGAUUAAAUACUUUGGUAUCUGAAUACAAGAGAUUGACCAUAUGGCAAAGUGCACAACCUUGGUUCUUGUUUUUCUAGCAUACCUUUCAGUGAAUAUCAUGGUACCAUCAGCUGAUGCUUGCUACUUAGACAGCCUAUCAAGUGGUUGUCCUGAUAAAACUGCGUGUGCUGAAACAUGUAGACCAUGUUAUAGAGACAUUGGAGUAGUGUACUCUUAUUGUGUGGCUCCAUAUAUUCUUCCUUAUUGGAUAUGUCGUUGUGAUAUGCAGAAAGGGGCACCUUGUCAACCAAAAGGACCACCUAUUUGUCCCAAACCACCAGAAUCAACAACUCAUUCUUCUUUCAAUCAAUUUUUAGGUUACAGCAAUAGGUCUACUAUCCCUCCGCCUGACGCUAUUAUUAUCGGUAACAUUAGUGAAAUUGAAUCGCCUACUACAAAUGUGGUUGCAUGAGAAAUAACAAAGAAUAUGAAUAUGUAAUGUAGUAUUUUAAGCAAAGAAUUAAUAAUGAGAAAUGU